AUGGUCGAGGCGUAUGGCGGUUCUCCAGAAUGGAAACCGGACUUUUUGUUUGUAAAGGCGCCUGUCAUGUCGUCAAGCAAUCCUGGGUCUCGAUUGUUUGGUGACGAAGAUCCUUUUGUCAUUGUAAAUUCAGACGAGGAUGUUACUGUUACUGCCGCCAAUCAGAAGAAGAAGAAGGAAAGGAUUGUGAAAGUUGGUGAUAGGGUAAAAUCUAAGAAGGCCAAGACGGAUGUGCCCCUAAAGGAAACUGCUCCACCGAGCGUCGAGACGGUGCCCAUUGCUACCGAGUCCAUGCAGAAAACCGCACCGGAGACAAGGCCAAGCAGAGUUCCGCCUGGGGUAGAGAAAGGAAAGGGCGCUCUCGAGGGAGAGGCCAUAGUCUUGCCUCCCCAACUGUUCGAGGGAGGCCCAUCUGUGGCAGUUCACACCAUCAGCAACCUGCCGUCAAUCGAGUGUCCUAUUCUCGAGGAAUUCGCCGCCCAACUGAAUGAAGCUGACAGCUUGCGGCUAAUGAGCGCAGCCUCGAUGGCCUACUUAGUGCAGCUGAGGAAACUUCGAGAAGACCUGGCUGCAACAAGGGCAGAAAGGGACGAGGCAUUGUUCGAGGUGGUUACCCUCGAGGAGAAGGUUUGCCAAGUUCAGGCCAAGGAAGCAGAGAUUGUCGAGAUGCAGGCCAAAUAUGAUGAGCUUGGCGAGAAGAUGAAGUCGUUUCCCAGCCUGCAUAUUUCCAAGGAGGAGCUUCACCAGUGGUGUACCGCCUUUAUGUAUAAGAUGAUGUCCACAGGAGGAAUGGCUACAGCCCUCGAGGAGGUGAACUUGGUUGCCACCAAGUGCGGUGCGUACCGAGUGGGCGUGGCAGGGUUAAGGAGGCUCGACCAGGAUAGGCCAAUUAAGGCCAAAUGGUUCAAGAAACUCUUGAUGAAGGACCCAAAGAAAACCAUGCACGAGGCCAUGGUGAAGGUCUUGACAAGGUUGAGCCUCGAGCAGCUUCCUCUGUGGGGAGCUUUAACCGGUGCCAUGUCCAAGAUGAGUUCCCCUGCGGAGAUUGCCUCGUUUCCGAGCGACGUUCCUGCUAUCCUGGCCAAGGGUCCGAGUGAGGAAGACCCCAUACCCGAGGUACCUGACAAGUAUACGGGUAUCGAGCUCAAGGAUGCUGAUGAGGAAACCGAGGAGGAUGUUGCUGACGCCGGCCACUCCGGGGUUCAGAGAACUAUUGAGGAUGCCUCUCAGGCCCCUUCCAAGGACCCUUCCAAUGAUCCUUCCGCUGAUCCCCUUCCAGGCAGUGACGCUAUUUAUGCAAACAUUUCUUUCCAUUCCACUUCUUUGUCCUCUGUGUUUUUUCUAUUUGUUUUGAUCCUCGAGACGGUGGCGCAUUUGGAGAAUGACCUGCUCGAUGCCAUGAGGACACACAACGUGAAGGUUAACCAGCAUCUGAUAAAUGAGAUCAAAGGACUCCGUGAGGAGAUGCAGCGUCGAGAGGUUCAAAGCCUGAGAGACCACAGUGAUUCUUUGACUUUCGAGGCCGAGAUCCAUGACGAGCUGGUGACCAUGGAGAAGGAAAAUGCUCGGCUUAGGGCGAGGCAGCAGAUUACUGUGUCUCCCUGGUUUCUCGAGAAGUAUCAGGUGUUAGCCCGAGUCCAGUACAUGAUUAUGGUCAGGACUCGUCGUUUCAUCGCAACCAUGGAUAUAUUUAAAGAGAGGUCUCGUGAAAUCGAGCUUCUUAGAGAUUAUGUUGCUCAACUGCAAAAUCUUCUGCUGGAUAACAACAUCGACUUCGAGGCUUUCGAGCGUCCGGAGGAGACAGUGGAUCCUCGAACUCGGAGUUCUCGAGAGGAACUGUUGAUGGGGGUGCACGCUCAGGACACAGAGAUCGUGGACCUUAAGGACAAAUUGAAUCAGUGUGUGAAUCUCCUUAGCCUGCACGGGUAUAAGGGGAUUUUUUAUCCCUCCCCCGACAAUCCUGUCAGGGAGGUGCUUGUAAUAGUGUAG